AUGGGUGAAGAUUGCUUAAAAGAAAUUCUUGAUGAUGCCAUAGUGAAUGAGGGAAACAUUGAGACAGCAGUAAACGUGGCCGAUCUCGCAAAAAGAUGUUUGAGGUUAAAAGGGGAGGAAAGGCCUACCAUGAAAGAAGUCGCCAUAGAGCUAGAGGGACUGGCAAUUAUGGCAAAGCAUCUGUGGGGAAAGAAUGCUAAAUUCUGUCCGGAGGAGAAUGAGUACCUGCUUGGUUCACCUACUUCAGACAGUUAUGACAUGGAUGCUAGAAGAGGUGAUCACAAUUCUAGUGGUUUAACCAUUGGUACGACUACAGUGUAUGACAGCAUGCAAAUCCAGAUGUUGAUUCCACAUGGUAAUGGACGAUACAAUAGUGAGGACUUACAGAUAUCAAGUAAUAGGCAGUUGAACUGGGAGCACAUACUGGAAUCAGACAAGUAUCAUUUUCAGCUUCUUGGUAAUGCUGGUUGGAAUUUCAUGGAUGUAUUGGGUAGUGAAGAAAAGGAAGUUCAUCAAAUUCAAGGAGAAGUACUUCAAAGAAAAUGGUGGCUUACUGUUACAGCAACAACUUGCUACUCAGGUGUAAGUAUAGGCUUGUUGGUUAUAUUUGUGGGAAUUUCAUGGAUAUGUUGCGGAAUAAAGAGAAGACAAUACACUAAACUCAAAGAAAGGUAUUUCAAAGAGAAUGGUGGCUUAUUGUUACUACAACAACUCGCUAGUCAUGGAGGCACUGUGGAGACAACAAAAAUCUUUUCCACAGAAGAACUUGAGAAGGCAACAAACAAUUACCACGAGAGUAGAGUCCUCGGAGAAGGAGGCUAUGGAACAGUUUACAAAGGAAUUCUACCAGAUGACAAAGUGGUGGCGAUAAAGAAGUCGAAAGGUGGUGCCCCGACCCAAAGUGAUCAGUUUGUUAACGAGGUGAUUGUUCUAUCCCAAAUAAACCACAGAAAUGUGGUGAAGCUACUUGGUUGUUGUUUAGAGACAGAAGUGCCUUUACUAGUAUAUGAGUUCAUCACCAAUGGUACUCUUUACGAGCACAUUCAUAAAAAAAGAUCAUCACUGUCAUUUGAACUACGAAUGAGGAUAGCAGUUGAAACGUCAGAAGCAUUAGCAUACUUGCACUCCUCAACUUCAAAUCCAAUCAUACAUAGAGAUGUGAAAGCAGAAAAUAUUCUGCUAGAUGAUAGUUAUACGGCGAAAGUGUCAGACUUCGGAGCUUCAAGAUUGGUUCCAUCAGGUCAAACUGAAAUACAAACUCUAGUGCUUGGGACCUUCGGUUACCUAGACCCAGAAUAUCUGCAAUCUAACCAACUAACAGAAAAAAGUGACGUCUACAGCUUUGAUGUUGUCCUAGUGGAGCUACUAACAAGCAUAGUGGCACUAUCCAAGGGCAAAUGCUUAACAAGCAUCUUUCUUUCUUCCAUGGGUGAAGGUCGCUUGAAUCAAAUUCUUGAUGAUGACAUUGUGAAUGAGGGAAACAUUGAGACAAUAAAGAAAGUGGCUAAUCUUUCAGAAAGAUGCUUGAGGGUAAAAGGGGAGGAAAGGCCUACCAUGAAAGAAGUAGCAAUGGAGCUAGAGAGAAUGAGGAUUACAUCAAAGCAUCCAUGGGGAACUAAAGUUGAUUUCUGUCCCGAAGAAAAUGAGUACCUGCUUGGGUCACUUGAUUCAGAUGCUUAUGUUUUGGAUGUUACAGGAGGUAAUGGUAGUUCUAGUGGUUUUACAACCGGUACAACCUCAGGGUAUGACAGGGAGUUGCAAAUAAUUCAAGAAAUAGCUUAUGAUUGUUACAAUGACAUGAACGAGCCCUUGUUCAGCAACAACCCCUCGCUCUCGCUGCCUACUCCUUAUACAAUUUCCGAUACCAAAAACAAGUUCAUUGUGGUUGGUUGUGAUGCUUUAGCACUAUUUCAAGGCCACCGGGGGGAUGAGAACUACACGACCGGGUGUAUGUCAAUAUGUGACGACAAUGUUGGCAGUGCUAAUGCAUCUUGCUCUGGUAUUGGGUGCUGCCAAACUUCCAUCCCUAGUGGUCUUCAGAGUCUUGGUAUGAAAGUGAGUAGCUUUUACAAUCACUCGUACAUAACAAGCCACUGCGGCUAUGCCUUGAUAGUGCAAGAAGAAAAAUUCACAUACUCUGGGAAUAAAAGCAUUACAGAUCUAUUAGGCAUUGAACAGCUUCCAAUGGUUGUUAACUGGGGAAUUGGAGAUGCCCCAUGUGAUGCAGCUGAAAAGAAGCUGGAUUAUGCAUGCAAGAAAAAUAGUGAGUGUGUCAACCGGACCAUCACUAUUGGGUCUGGGUCGUCUGGUUACUUUGGCCAGUGCUUGCCAGGUUAUGAAGGGAACCCAUAUCUUCCAGAUGGUUGCCAAGAUAUUGAUGAGUGCGAGGCUAACCCCUGCAAUGGACUGAAUGGAGUAUGUCUAAAUACACCAGGGAAUUACUCUUGUUUAUGUAGCAAAGGCUACAAAAACAAUGGCCCGAAUGGAAAGUGCAUCAAAGACAAUUCCAGCAACCGUCUCCUGCUUAUAGUUCUUUCGUUGGGUAUUUCUGUAGGUCUAUUUGUGAUUUUAUUAGCUGGAAGUUUAUGGAUGUAUUGGGGACUGAAGAAAAGGAAGUUCAUAAAACUAAAAGAGAAGUACUUUACAGAAAAUGGUGGUUUAUUGUUACAACAAAAGCUCACUAGUCAAGGCGGAUCUGUUGAGACAACAAAACUAUUUACUGCCGAAGAACUUGAGAAGGCCACAAACAAUUACCAUGAAAGUAGAAUCCUCGGCGAAGGAGGGUAUGGAACAGUUUACAGAGGCAUAUUACUAGAUAACCGAGUGGUUGCAAUAAAAAAGUCCAAAGUUGGUGCCCCUACUCAAACGGAUCAGUUUGUUAAUGAGGUUAUUGUUCUUUCUCAAAUCAACCACAGAAAUGUAGUAAGGUUAUUAGGUUGUUGUUUAGAGACAGAAGUCCCUUUACUAGUAUAUGAGUUCAUAACCCAGGGCACUCUAUUUGAGCACAUUCACAAGAAUAAGGGUAAAGGGUCAUUACUUUCAUGGGAACUCCGAUUGAAGAUAGCAUCAGAAACUGCAGGAGCAUUAGCAUACUUGCACUCCUCCACUUCCACACCAAUCAUUCACCGGGAUGUGAUGACAAUGAAUAUAGUGUUAGAUGACAACUACACAGCCAAAGUGUCAGAUUUUGGAGCUUCACGUUUCAUUCCUAUCGAUCAGACUCAACUAGCAACAUUGGUGCAAGGGACAUUUGGAUAUUUGGACCCUGAAUACUUGAGGGUAAAAGGGGAGGAAAGGCCUACCAUGAGAGAAGUAGCCAUGGAGCUAGAAGGAAUGAUUAUGACAAAGCAUCCAUGGGGUUCUGCAGGUCAUAACUUCCCAGAAGAGACUAUGCACUUGCUGGGAUCACCUAAUACUUUCAUGGAUUACAUUGUCAAUGUUGAUGGCGAUGGUGGUCCUGGUACAACCAGUGGGUGUGACAGCAUGCAACUCGAAUUGUUAAAUUCAUAUGCUGAUGGGCGAUAG